AUGCACCGUUACACGAUUGGCGGUGAGAGCUCGGAUACUGCUCCGUCGUCACACUUUCAUCAUCUUCAUUUGGGACAUGGGCAUCCGGUUGGCUCAGACGAGGCGAAUCGGGCGUCACAAGCGUGGAGAAGACUCUCGCAAGCGGCCCGGGACCCAGCCGAGCCGACCACUCUCCGUUUGCACACAUCACUCUAUGCUGUGUCAAUGGCGGCGACGAGGAGAGCCUCGUUUGUUCGAAGUGGAGAAUUCCGUGAGACACUCACUCACUCAACUCUUUCACCGAGCAGUCAAGAAGUCGGGGAAAUCUCUCAAAUGUCCCAAUCUUCAUCCGGUCAAGUCUCUUUCUCUACGUCAUCAGCCGGCAGAAUGAGCAAUCCAUUGGCACUUAGUUCCGAAUUCCUCAUUCGCCCAGUGAUCAAAUCGGUGGCACUGAAGCGAAAGUAUGACUCGAGUCGUUCAUAUUUCGAGGAAGGACCAGAGGGAUGGUUUUGGAAGACAAAAACCGAGGAACCACCCCCAUUGAUCUCACACUGUAUGCUGGCAUUCUCCGUGAUUCUUUUCAUUCUCACAUUCCCCUGGUGUCUCUUCUUUUGCGUUAAAGUGGCAAAAGAAUACCAGCGUGUUGUCGUUUUCCGAUUGGGUCGUCUCAUUAAAGGUGGCACCCGAGGACCCGGACUUUUCUUCGUCUUUCCCUGCAUUGAUACGUGUAAAGUGGUUGAUCUACGGGUUUUAUCUUUCGAUGUGCCAGCGCAAGAGAUUCUUUCGCGAGACUCGGUGACGGUAUCUGUCGAGGCUGUCAUCUAUUUCAGAGUGUCAAACCCAGUAAUUUCUGUGACAAACGUGAACGACGCUCAGUUCUCAACAAGACUCCUCGCACAAACAACACUUAGAAAUGUGCUGGGAACGAAAACUCUAUCGGAAAUGCUUUCAGAAAGGGAUUCGAUUGCUAGUAUAACCGAAAAAGUGUUGGACGAGGGCACGGAUCCUUGGGGAGUCAAGGUGGAACGAGUGGAGAUUAAAGACAUUCGUUUACCGCAUCAACUCAUGAAGAGUAUGGCAGCCGAGGCUGAGGCUGCCCGGGACGCUCGAGCUAGAGUGAUCGCCGCCGAUGGAGAACGAGAUGCGAGCAGGUGCCUAAAAGAUGCGGCGGACACAAUUUGCAGUAAUCGAGUCUCAAUGCAGUUGAGAUAUUUACAGACUCUUCGCCGAGUGGCGGCUGAUCGAAACCACACGGUGAUUGUUCCAUUCCCCGUCGAGGUGGCCAGACAUUUCCUCAAAAAGUGUGGUCAUAAACUUUCG